AUGUCCACAAAACCCACCACCACCGCAGAAACCCAAACCCAAACUGCCAACGAAAUCCCCGACCUAAAAACCUCCCCCGCCACAACCAAUGCCGACCUCACCGCCGCCCACCGCCUCAUCGCCGACUCCGUCGCCCAACAGCGCCAAACCGCCGCCCGCGCCCUCAUCUUCCACCCGCUCUGGCUCUCCGCCAUGGCCGCCCUCAUCGCAGCCGUCUACAAAGCGCUCUACACUACCCCCGCCGACCUCCCGCUCAUCGGGACCACGAGCGCGGGGUGCGUGAUGGCGGGGUUGUUGGUUGUGCGGGCGUUGACGGGCGGGUAUAUCGAGGAGGCGGAGAGGGUUGGGAGGCGGGAGUGGCUUUUUCCUACUCCUACUCCUAGUUCUGGGACUGAGGGGGCUUCCGAGGGAGAGCAGGUGGUUCUGGUGACGAAGUUCGGGGAGAGGGUUAUCGGGGCGGUUGUGCUGCGUGGUAUUGCUGCUGCUGCUGAGGAGAAAGUGACGGGGGUUAUUCGGGCGUGGACGGUUGAGAGACGGUACCGGGGGAAAGGCGUGGGUGUUGAAUUGCUGGAGGAGGCGGUUGGGAUGUGCAGGGAGAAGGGAUGGGGGGGUCCGGUGUUUGAUGAGGAGCAUGCGAAUGCGAAGAGGGUGUUGCCGGGGUGGUUUGAUGGGGGGUUGGAGAGGAGAGAGAGGUGGGCGAGGGAGGUGCUGGAGGGGGUGAAGAAGAGUAUGAAGUAG